CUAAGUCAAGCUUUCUAAAGCUCUUCUUAUCUUUCUCCAAAACCUUAUUGUCUUCUCUCUCUCUCUCUCUCUCUCUCUCUCUCUGAGCUUUUAUUUUCGCUGCUGUUGAUUUUAGUGACCAGUGAGUUGGCCAUGGGCAGAGCUCCUUGCUGUGACAAAGCUAGCGUGAAAAAAGGGCCAUGGUCCCCUGAUGAAGAUGCCACUCUAAAGAAGUACCUCGAAAAACAUGGCACCGGUGGCAAUUGGAUUGCUUUGCCUCACAAAGCAGGCCUUAAACGCUGCGGCAAGAGUUGUCGGCUGAGAUGGCUAAAUUAUCUAAGGCCAGACAUCAAGCGUGGAGGUUUCACUGAGGAGGAAGACGUGAUUAUCUGCACUCUCUAUGGUACCAUUGGAAGCAGGUGGUCUGUUAUAGCUUCCCAACUCCCCGGUAGAACAGACAAUGAUAUUAAGAACUACUGGAACACAAAGCUGAAGAAAAAGCUGUUAAUGGCAGGAAAUUCUUCUUGUCCCAUGUCUGCCACCAUCGACAACAACAGUGAGACUACUAAAAAUAUUGGUUAUCUCAACUUGGCAGAGAUUUCGGCUUCAAUUAACCCCAAACUAGAGCCCUAUGAUUGUGGGAAUUCAGCUUCUUUUGACACAAAUUCCAGCACAUUAAUGCCUAUGCAAGUUUAUAUGCAAAACUGUACACUAUUAUCCCCUGUUUCGAAGCCUAUUCAAGUUUCAGAUUACAGCAUAACAUCAUCGUCUCAGGAUGUUUCGGGUGUUUCAACUUCAUCUGCUUUAGCGAAUUUGGACAACAGUUGCAGCCUGUGGUCCGGCAUUAAUGGAGGUUUCAAAGAGGAAGGAGGAGUUUUUCCCCUUGAUGAUGAAGAUAAUAACUUUCUUAAUGGUUUUGAAUUUCAGGAAGAUAGUAGAGAUUUUGCCCCACUCCUAGGGAACUCCCCACUGGGUUACUUUGCUGGGUGAUACUUCUCAACAUUAACCUCUCAAAAUGUUACAAACUGACCAUGGAUCAAGAACAUUGGAAAAAUAAGAUAGAAUUAGUAGCUUCUUAGAUGGAUUUUUAGGGGGUGCAUGGGGGGUGUUUUGUUGAAAUAUUCAAUGCAAGUUAAAUUUUAAACUAAUGAACAUGUGAUCGAGCUGAUUGUAUAUAUAUUAAAGAAAAGUCAUGUGGGUGUUCUGUUUACUGUU